AGCAAGGUCAUUUGUUCUCUUGCUGCGCAACAAUACUAAAUAUUUACAGCCUUCCAAAACUAUCGUCCACUUAUAACAAUGUUUAAAGCAGUAACAAUGAAGUAUCUAAGCUUAUUCAUUCUUGUAUUUCAAAAUCUACUCUAUAUCUUAUGCAUGCGUCAUGCAAGAUCACGAACCACCGAAGUUUUUAUCCCAUCAUCUAUGGUUACAAUGAGUGAAUGUGUAAAAUUUAUCACAUGUCUUCUUGUUCUCAGUUAUGCUGGAGAUUUGAAAAGAACCUAUAAACUCAUGAAGCACAACCCAUUGGAUGUAUUAAUGAAUUUUAUACCUGCUAUAAUCUAUGUCAUACAGAAUCGUUUCUUGAUAGCAGCUUUAAGUAAUUUGGAUGCUGUUACAUUUCAGGUGGCUUAUCAAUUGAAACUUUUCACAACAGCACUAUUCAGUAUGCUUAUUCUUCGAAAACCAGUCAGUACUAUGCAAUGGUUCGCUUUAGUUCUAUUGUUUAUUGGUGUUGCAGCAGUAGAAUCACCUGGUGACAGUAAAACAUCUACACUGCAGCCAGCAGCGCAUAAUCCUCCUUUAGGAUUAUUCUGUGUGGUAUGUGCUUCAAUACUUUCUGGUUUAGGAUGUGUAUUUUUUGAAAUGCUUUUGAAGAAUACAAAAAAAUCAUUAUGGCAGCGUAAUAUCGAGUUAGCAUUUGCCUCGAUUAUUAUCGGUAUACCUGUACAACUUCUUACUGAUUGGAAUGAAAUUCAACAGAAAGGAUAUUUUUAUGGCUUUGAUUGGUUUGUUUGGAUAGUUAUCCUUUUGCAUUCUUUUGGUGGUCUACUCGUUGCUUUAGUUGUUAAAUACGCCAACAAUAUUCUUAAAGCAUUCGCUUGUUGUGUUUCAAUUGUUCUGUCAUGUGCAAUUUCUGUUAUCUUUUUGAAAAUGCAAUUAACUAGUGGUUUCAUUCUUGGUGCACUAGCAGUCAUUAUAUCAUCUGUUUUAUAUUCAAUUUAUCCACCAAAAGUAAAUGUAUCAUAAAAAAGAAACUUUGCCUUAUUUAUUUUUUUGUUUUGUUUUGUUUUUGUAUUAUUUCACUUCACCUUAAUGCCACCUGCUUGUCUUCCCUCUGUGUGCUAUCCUCCGCCCUUUUCUCAGGUGUUAUUCAGCCUUGUCUUUCAUCAACUUAUGCGUUAAACAAUCUUCAAUUUUUUCCUGUAUACUAUAUUGUAUUUGAAGUUUAAUCACGAACUAAAACCACCUGCAGAACUAUUGAAAACCAGGGAGUAUGGAACAGUUGUUUCGUCCUAGUCUGAGACUCUUCAGAAAAAUGCGCACAUGACCCUGGAUCACUCACCCACUGGAAUGGAAUUCAAUAAUCCAUGAGUUAUAACUUCUGACAAUCAGUGGUUUGGAAUUCAUGGGCAUGUACUGAUGAAGAGUUACAAAGUAGGAUGAAACAGUCGUUCAGUACUCUCUGGUUUCCAAUUAUUUAUAAUCAAAAUUGAAAUCAAUGAAAUCCCUGCAAACUAAUGCUUAAGAAUAUGUUUGUCUAAAAUUUGUAGCUACUUAUAAGUAGUAUAAAAUGUUUAACUAAAUUGUUUUAAGAUUGAAUAGUGUGAAAUGCUUGGAUUGAUGAUUCUUCUCAACAAGAAUGCUUCUUCCCCUUAACCCUUUUGGUUUUUUUUCUUUCAUUGCUUAUUAUUACAAUUAUUAUUAUUACUAUUCAUAAUUUAUUCCCUUCAUGCAAACAUUCUCUCAAUACUAUCGAAAUUUUCAUUUAUACUAUCCUGACUUAUUAUUAGUGAUACUAUCUCUUUUCUAAAUAUAUGCCUCCACCUGUUUCAUUUCACACAUUCGUUAUUUCAUGAUGAACCUCUAGUUGCAGUCUUACUAUCUCCUCGUUAAUACAUACAACUUUGUAACAGCCACUCACCUGACACCUUCUGUAACCUUGAACUGACUUGUCAAAUUUUCCUACCCCAGACUCUACAAAUCUAUCAUGAUUAAACACCACCAUUGUCUCCCAUUUCACCGAAAUAUUUUGUAAUCCAUUUCAGCCUAGCGCGUUUGUUACACAAAUAUGACUAUUUAUUUUGACACCUCGUAACUCAUCUGUUAUUCUACGUUAAGGAAAAAUGUAUCCGCCGCAUAAUUGGCCAUUGUUGUAACGACAACAAAUAUUAUAUUUUAUAAUUGUAAGAACCUGACGAGAAAUUAUUGAAAAGAAUAUUCUUCGUUCAGAUUGACUUUUAUAUUGUUUUCAUCUGACUGUGUCUUCCGUGUGUAUUUAUUUAUUCUAUAUGUGACAGCUUGUCCCUUUGUACAUGAUUUUGCCGCAGAAUUUCAUAAUUUCGACUUUAUUCUUAUAAGGCCUAAUUCUUGCGUGUACAAAUUGGUUCCUGAUUUUUGUACUGUUCCAUUUCAGAUAUGUAUUUAUAUAUAUUGUUAUAUGUAAUGUCUUUUUUUAUGAAUAAACUUAUGUUGAACUACUACUCUUUAAGUAUGAUAAAUUU